UACAUUUGACAUCUGACAGCUGUAUUAUGUUUUUAUGUCAAAAUCACUAUUCUAUUAUGAAUAGAAUAAAUUUGUGAAAAUUUCAAUUAAAAAGCAAAAAUGAUACACCCCACAUUAUUUUUAAGUAUUUUUUUAAGUUUGGGUUUAGAGAACCCUCGGACUUACAGUUCUCUGUGGAAUAUCUAAAGCAUAAUGAACUAGUUAAAGAUGAUUAUUAUGGAAGAUAAUAGAUCCAUGACGUUCCAUUGCUCGGAAUUAUCAUCUACAAUGUUUCAUAAAUUGUAUGAACAGAAGAAGACAAAUAGAUUUUGUGAUGUGACACUGUAUGUAAAUAACAAAAUUCUUAAAGCACACCGCAACGUUUUGGCGUGCAGUUCGCCCUAUUUCGAUUCCGUAUUGAAGCAUCACAAAGUAGUUAAAGAGCAGCUCACAGUAAACUGUUUAGAUAGUGAAAUAUUUAAUAACAUACUUAAUUUUAUGUAUACUGGAGAGAUAACUAUAAAGCACUCCAAUGUAGAGGAACUUUUAAAACUCGCAGACCAUUUUAUAUUAACCAAAGUUAUAGAGUACUGUAUAGAAUUCUUAGGCACUAAACUAAAUUUAGAAAAUUGUCUGUUUACGUACUUUUUGACACAACGAUUUAAGUUGAAACAUUUAGGAAAUAUAGUAGAAAACUGGAUUGCUAGUCAUAUUGAUAACAUUUGUGAUGGUGAAGAAAUAGGAAGAUUAAGUUCAAAGGAAUUACAAGACUUCUUCAGGAAUAAGAAUUUCAUACUAACAACACAAAAAGCCCUUAGUCUUCUAUCAAAAUGGGUGCUUUUAGACAUAGAAAAAAGAGAAAAAUAUUUUGACAAACUUGUUAGGUGCUUCUAUACUAAUAGCUUAGAACCCAGUGAAGUGUUUAAACACUUGGACACGUGUAUAUUAUAUACUAAAAGUGAAUUAUGUUUAUUUAGAUUUUUGGACUAUUUAGCUCAGAAUAAUUGGACCCUUUCGAGUUUUAAAACACGCUAUGAAGUUCUACAAGCGAAAUAUGGCCAGAUAACAGUUAGUGAUGCAAAAACCCAAGAUCAAGAUAGCCUUCGCCAAGAGAAAAUAGUUGUUACAGAAAAAACAGAGAACAAUUCUACACAAAAUGUUUUAAACUCAGUCAGAGUUCGUGCUAGUCUAAAAAACAAAAAGAGGAUUAUUUUGAAAAAACUUAUGUUACUGGGUCUGAAACCCAGCCUUCGAAUGGCAGCUUUAAAAAUGUUGACGUGUAGAAAACAACGAAUUUCUCUUAGUGAAAAUGAGAAGGAAGAGACUGAAGUGAGUGAGGAUAACGAUGAGAAGGUUGGAAUAAAGUGUCCCAUAUGUUUUGCAACCAUUAAUGAUAGCUUAUUAUUAGAGCAACAUCUUGCUUUGAGCCACGCUAAAGAUGUCACUUAUAAAUGUAGUAUUUGUUCUUUUGUAUGUCAAUAUCAUGGUGAUUAUUUAAAUCACAUGAAGACCCACUUCAGUGGCCCCCCAUUUAAGUGUGACUACUGUGACUAUAAUACUGAUCAAAUAUCCAAGUUAAUAACCCAUAGGGCUCAGCAUUUGGACGAGUCUAUUUACCAGUGUACGUUCUGUUCUUUUAAGUGUCGACAAAAACAGAAUUAUGUAUCCCAUAUGAAAAUUCACACACCUGAAAAAAAUUUCAAAUGUGAACAGUGUUCCAAGGCCUUUAGAUUCAAACAGAAUUUGGAAGCCCAUCUUCUAACUCAUUCAAAUGAUAAAAAUUUGACCUGUGAUUCUUGUGGAUUUCAUACUAAAUAUUUGAGUCAUAUGGUUGCACAUAAGAGGAUACACACAGGUGAAGUAUACAGAUGCUCCUACCCCCACUGCAAAUACUCCACCUCCAAGAAAAGUCAACUAAGUCUGCACUCGAAAACGCACAAUAGUGGCAGUAAUCCGGGAGGAGCGAGACCACACGCCUGUUCUGUAUGUGGCAGAGGUUUUAUGGAAAAGUCUCAUCUAGUCAGACACGAGAGAAUUCAUUUGGAAGAGAAACCUUUCAAAUGUUCUAGCUGUGAUUACGCCAGUUCCAGAAGGGAUAAGUUGAAAGAGCAUUUUACCAGGCAUCAUGGAGAAAAUGCUUCGGCAAAGGUACCAUAUAAGGCUAGACCUUUAAGAAAUGGAUCUAGUUCAUCUUCAUCAUCCAGGCCUAAGUCACAGUCAGGUCCAGAGAGUGGUCCAGCCGCCACUUCAAAUUCCAACUCGACAAACAACAACCCAGUUAACUUUUCCCAAUCCAGUUCCGGAACUACGACCACAUCUAGCAACGUAAACCAACCAAUGGGCGGUCCAGAAAUUCAAGAGUUGCUAUUAAAUCAUCAAAAUCAUCCCACCCCAGCUGCUAUAAACGCAGCUGCUUACCCGCACCAUUUCGCGGAGCACGCCGCUGACUUUCAUCACGCCCAUACCCACGCCCACAACAUUCAUAACCAAUUGCUGGCCUCGUCGGCGGCCGCAGCCGCGGCUACGCAUACUCCCCGGGCUGGCGGGAGUUCGACAGGGCAUAACAAUAGUCACGUGAUGCUGGCCAGGUCCAAUCAUUCCACCGCUACGUCUACGGCGGCCGCAGUAGCGGCGGCAAUGAUGUUGGAUCCUCGUUUUCAUCACAACACUGCGGUAAGUGUACAUUUCUGCCCUCUACCAGUUUCUAUGGCAAUGGCGGCCGUACAGUCCUCUCAACAAAUCCAAGCGUCCGGCCCUGCCGGGGAGUACCCGCCGAGUUUGCAGAACUGUAUGACAUUAUUUUAAAUACUUCGCCUAGAUAUAUCUGUCGAUGGAAAACGUCUGUUAUAUGUUUCAUCAAUUUGAACAUAAUUCCUAUUAUAACCACUUGUAAUGCAGUACCUUGAAUCGUCUAAUCUGUAA